AACAGAUCAUUUCCCUUUUUAUUUGUUGUUUUACUUGUGGUUUUAUUUGUAGUAAAAACAUGGUUGAUCUUUUGAAAAUGACGUGCCAUUCCAAUAAGAGUUACUCCGGUAUCACUUUUGUGUUUAUUUAUUCACACGUUGAGGAAUGAUGAGAUUUAAAUGAAUGUUCAUGUGUCGCCCUCUGCUGCUCAUGCGGUGAACCGAGCGGAGUGUCUUGCGCUGUUGUCAUGGACACGGAGUCCCGCGCAUGCGCACUGUCAGACGUCCAGCAGCGACGUCAUGUUCGGAGAAGCUUCUAAGAUCAACGGAGACGAAUUUAAACUCGAAAACCUUCAUUUCAGCGACAUGAAACUGACACGUAAACUCGUUCUGGCUCGAGCGAAAGCGUCAGACCUCGAGAGCGUGAAGAAAUUAAACUGCUGGGGCUGCAAUCUGACAGAUAUAUCUAUAUUUUUGGAAAUGCCGAACAUUGAGGUUCUCACACUGAGUGCAAAUAAAAUCUCAUCUCUGGAGCACAUAUCAUCAUGUCAGCAUCUCACUGAGCUGUAUUUGAGACGGAACAGCAUUGAAAGUCUGUCUGAACUGAAGCACCUGAAGAACUUGACCCGUUUAAAAGUUCUGUGGUUAGCAGAGAAUCCGUGCUGCGGUUCUGACCCGACCCAAUACCGUCUGACCGUCCUCAGAAAUCUGCCCGGACUGCACAAACUCGACAAUCAGGCCAUCACAGAGGAGGAACUCAUUCUAGCAUUUAAGGAAGGGGAGGAGCUUGUCACACCUCCAGGCUCCGCCCCUCUCAAUUCCACCAAUGGUCUUACAGAAGCAGACUCCGAGACUGACCCUCUCAAUUACAGCAUGGAGGAAACCAAUAAAAUUCGCGCUCAGCUGGGAAUGAAGCUGUUGCCCAGAGACAAGUUCCCAUCGCUGUCGUCCCCGCGGGAGUCUGGAGAAACAUGGAAGAGAAAGAGUCACACAUUGGAGGCGGUUCUUCUCCUGCUGAAGGAUCUGGACAUCGAUGAACUGAAGGUCGUUCAAUCUGUCGCUGAGAGCAAACUGAGAUCACGCAGUCGGCAGAGAGAGCGUCAGAAAUCUCCCAUCUGUACGUAAACAUCUGACCAUCAGCCACACGCCAGCAAACAGAGAAAGUGUGAUCAAAAUGUUUCUUCCAUACUAGAAAUAAUAACGAAAUUCUCAUAAUAACUUUGGACAUUACUUUUAAAACAAGCACUUAGACCGCUGAGUGUUAACAACCCAUUAAACACCUUCACAUCCUGAACAGAACAUCACAUGUAAAGUUUGCUUUAGUGUUUGUUACCAUGUUGCCUUCUGUUCAAACGAGAAGACCUUUCUCUUCAUGUUCUUUAACUACAAAUAACGUUUCCUUUCAAUAUUAUUUAUGAGGAUGUAUUUUUAUAUGUAAAUAAACUCAGGAAUAUGCAUAAACAAGAA